GCUCCUUCCCUGCAGGAGAGGACAGGGGACAGAGGAGCGCUUGGACGCCGAGGAGGAGUCGGAGGAGCCCGACAGUCCCGCGGCUCCGUUCGCUCCGGCCGGGUGUCGCGUGUCGGUCUCAGGUGUCGCGGUGCGGAGACCCUGCGAGUGGCACGAGAGCCACAGUAAGGAGUAUCGCUUCUGCUGCUGAUGAUGAUGAUGUUGAUGGUGACGACGACGAUGAUGGUGAUGUAGAGGCAGCAGCGCGCGCGGCUCUCCGACUCCUCAGUCCGCCGUGGGAGGCGCGCGUCCCGCUCGCGUCCUCGCGCUUCUGCUCCUGGAGCUCCGGGGAGGGAGGACACGGCGCACAUGGAGUAAACAUGGUCAUUUCCUAAAGUCAAGGUCGAGAGGUGCCACCGGGCAGCAGGAUGAGUUUGAGAUAUAUGCGGCAGGCAAACAAAGGUGCACUUCUUCUAAUGAUCUGCGUUAUUGGCCUGUGGGAGAGGUCUGCAGCAGCAGAAGACCACAGAGCGCACCCCGUGCGGACCGGGACCUGCGAGGUCGUCGCUGUUCACCGCUGCUGCAACAAGAACAAGAUCGAGGAGCGCUCUCAGACCGUCAAGUGCUCCUGCUUCCCUGGACAAGUGGCCGGGACGACCCGCGCGGCGCCCUCCUGCGUCGAUGCCUCCAUUGUGCAGCAGAAGUGGUGGUGUCAGAUGGAGCCCUGCCUGGAUGGAGAGGAGUGUAAGGUUCUCCCCGACCUCAAAGGCUGGAGCUGUGCCACGGGCAACAAGAUUAAGACCACUAAGGUUUCCUCAGAUAGAGAUCAGCUUUGGUAA